AUGUCUCACACAGUAGACAUCCCUCAAUCCAUCAAGGACUCGCUCAGAAAGUUCAGAUUUGCUCGCAGAAAUGAAGGAAGUGCUGCGAUCGUUAUCAAGAUAAACAAGCAGAAGCUGAUUAUGGAGGAGGUUGAACAGUUCGAUAACAUCAGUAUCGAGGAAUUGGCAGAAGAACUUCCAGAGAACAGUCCUCGAUAUGUGAUACUUAGCCAUGCACUUGUCCAUUCCGAUGGAAGAACUUCAUUUCCACUUGUUCUAAUCAACUGGGCUCCAACGUCUAGCGAGAUUGGACUCCUCACACUGCAUGCCAGUGCGCUGCUUGACUUUCAGACAACUGCGGAUGUUAGCAAGGUCAUAGAGAUUCGUGAAGGACCAGAAGCGCUCACGAGCGAUGUCGUCGAUGCGAAACUACUUGGGAAGUAA